AGCAGAGAGACAAAGCAAAUCCAGCUUUCAUUUCCGUCCCGCUCUCUUUCAUGGUUCCACUGAUACUCUCCAUCAAUAUUGAAAUGAAAUUUGUGUUAAAAACGAAAAAGGGGUGUAUUAAUUUGAAUUAAUUUGAGUUGUUGAGUUCUUAACAAUCGUUUCUUUUUUGCAAAUAAGAUGGUUUCGUUGCAAGAUUCUCACUCGAAUUCGAACCGGUUCCCUCUCGAUCGAAACUUGUACACCCUCGGUUCAGCUUCCGCCACCAGAAUUCACCGACACGCCGGCCGUUCCAUGCGUACGAUUCGCUCCAAUUUAUACCAAAGCGCCGACAACAGCAGCUGCUCUUUCACCAGCUCGGUUCCCGAACCGGCCGGUUUUGUAUCAGAGAAUCUCACCGAAUCCGUUAUCGACAUGCGUCUCGGCGAACUGGUUGCCAAAAGCAACGCUAAAUCGGUUAAAUCCGAGUCGGAAAAUGAGGAUUUUCUGGAUAUUUCUCAGGCCUUCAGUGGUUUCUCAGCAUGUAGCAGUGAUAUCUCCGGUGAGUUGCAACGGCUAGCGACCUUGCCGUCGCCGGAAAACGUCUUGAAAGAGAGCAGCGGUGGAGCUGAGUUUGAGCCGGAACCGGAACCGUGUCACGGCUUUCUGCAGAGAGAGAACUUCUCGACGGAAAUCAUCGAGAGUAUCUCGCCAGAGGAUCUUCAACCGACGGUCAAGAUCUGCAUCGAUGGCCUCCAAUCAGCGUCCGUUGCGGUGAAGCGAUCGGCUGCUGCUAAGCUAAGGUUACUAGCGAAGAACCGUGUGGAUAACCGUGCGUUGAUCGGGGAGUCCGGCGCGAUCCCUGCUCUGAUUCCCCUCUUACGAAACAGUGAUCCUUGGACUCAAGAGCACGCCGUGACCGCGUUACUGAAUCUCUCUCUUUUCGAAGCCAACAAAUCCCUAAUCAUAAAUGCCGGCGCUAUAAAAUCAUUAGUGUACGUUCUCAAGACAGGCACUGAAACUUCCAAGCAAAACGCGGCGUGCGCGCUUCUGAGCUUAGCUUUGAUCGACGAAAACAAGGCUUCAAUCGGAGCCUGCGGAGCGAUCCCGCCGCUAGUAUCUCUUCUGAUGAUCGGAUCUAACAGAGGCAAGAAAGAUGCACUGACGACUCUUUAUAAGCUCUGUUCAGCCAGGCAGAACAAAGAGAGGGCAGUGAGUGCAGGUGCAGUUAGGCCUUUGGUGGGGAUGGUGGGUGAGCAAGGCACCGGCUUGUCGGAGAAGGCAAUGGUUGUUCUAAGUAGCUUGGCGGGAAUCAAGGAAGGAAGGGAAGCUAUUGUUGAGGAAGGUGGGAUUGCAGCACUUGUCGAAGCGAUCGAAGAUGGGUCCGUCAAGGGGAAGGAGUUCGCCGUGUUGACACUGUUGCAGUUGUGUGCCGAUAACAUCAAGAAUCGUGGUUUGCUUGUUCGGGAAGGUGGGAUACCUCCUCUCGUGGAGCUUUCGCAGACCGGGAGUAUCCGAGCUAAGCAUAAGGCUGAAACACUUCUUGGGUAUCUAAGAGAACCAAGGCAAGAUGCUUCAUCAUCUAGUCCUUAAGGAGCCGAAGUUUAAUUACUCGUAGAGUGAAAAUGGACAGUCUUGUUGAUGAUAUGCUCUAAUCUUGUAUGGAAGCAACUGUUAGGUUUUCAUGAUCACCUCUGUGCUGUGAAAUUUGGCAAUAACCAUUUAUGUUUUUGCACUUGGAUGGUCAGAAGGGGUUGGCGGGUCGGUCACCAUAGGAGGAAAAUUUCAAAUUAUCAUAUAAUUUAUAUAUAUUUUUGUUGAUAAUUUAUUUAAUUUUAUAAGUUUGCAUCAUAACAUAAAAUCCUACUAUGUACCAAGAUCUCCUUGUUUGUGUACCAUCAUCUGAUUCUUGCAUGGUGUUGGAGCAAUGUAUAGGAAUCUGGUUUUUGUUUUCGUUUC